UAUGGUGUUGUAGCAAUCUAUUUAUACUAGAAGAUGAUAUUUGUAAUAUUCAGUAGUGGGACUUUCCUACUCUUGAACAAAUGGUGUUGGAGCAACUAAGGAUGUUUUUGAUAAGAGACUGGAUAGAUGCAUAAUGAUAUUUGCUGUGAUGUAGUACUGAACGAAUUUCAGUAUGUGUGUUGUAAAAACUGUAAUAGUGGAUAAUUUUUMAUUUAGGAGUUGUAGUAUAAAUACAAUUCAAGGCAACAAAUACAAUACAAGUGCCCCACGAAUUGAGGUAUCACGUGUGACUAACACAGUGUAAUUUUGUAAAUGCCGGAUCUCUCUGGAAAGAUGCACAAUUCACCCAAGUUAAGUCGAACGCGUGCCAGUGCUGUCUGAGAUCACGUGUGACGAAAGUAGGAAUGUACUGAUGGAGACAGAUCCAUAGUUCACUCCCCGAUUUAAUUCUGGGGGACAAUUGGAAUAUUCAGUAUUUCUGGAUGGCAAGAUUGGGUGGGAGUUUUCAGUGGUUUUGUCUUGAGGUUAGGCAUUUGGAAAUGGGUUAAGGUGAAGAAUGUGGUAUUGCUAGAAUGAAAUAAGACACCGGCCUCGACAUAUGAUAAUGUGGUUUUCCGGAAUUAUCGUUCCAAAGGACGUACUUAUACUGUUUCCUCUAUCCCCAAAUAUAGUGUGUUUUGGAAGCGGUGCAGCGCCUCGGUCUCGCUGCGAUGAAGUGGGACGGGGAGGGGAUAUUAUCCAGGGCGAGGUUGGCAGCUGAGACAGGAAAGCGUAGUGGGAAACAAAGCAAGGACAUCAGACAUGAAUUCAUCUAGGUAACAUUUGCAUAGGCUUCCGUUAUGUUUUCAUUGUCAAAGCAGUUUUUCAUCCACACUACGAUGGAUGCUGUGUGCAUGGCGCCUCUAUUGUGCUACUGAGGACUCGUUGGAAAUACAAUAACCGGACUGAAGAGGUAUAAAAUGAACGGGUUCCAGUCCAGUCCUCCUGAAUGUCCGGACAGCGUCUGUUCAAUCGAAGGACUACCCCCUUUGCCAAAAGGCCUCAGCGGCAUCCUGAACUCCAGUGGUGGCUCAUGGAGGGACAUCAAAAAAGUAUACAGUAAACUGACAAGCAUUCAGGCCGACAUUAGCAAGUCUACAGUGAUCGAUACUCUCCGCCGCAGCAAGCCUGCAAGUCUGGACGCAGGGCUCGCAGUGCUGCGCGAAGAAAUGGUAGGCCUCAGACAGUUGGACAUGUCUCUGCACUGUCAGCUGUGGUCUCUCUAUGAGUCCAUCCAGGAGUACAAGGGAGCUUUUCAGGACAUCUCCAACUCUCUGCUGUCAGAGAGCAGCAUCACUACAGAAAAUAGUUACUCUGAGGAAGAGGAUGAUUAUGAAGACGAGGAGAACGAUGGUGAUAAUGUACCUCAGAAUCUACCUGGCACUUCACUGACUCUCCAGUCAACUCAGAACUCCCGGGACCAAUGGAUCAAAGAGUCUUUCCACAUUUCCUUAUAAACCAACUAAUAUUUUUCCUGUAUUUACAUAAUAUAAUCUGUUUCCUGUUCUGUAUAGCUGUUUUAUUAUUUAUUAUACUUGUACCCACCUAGCUAGGUUAUUGGCAGAAGGACAUUUUUAAACUGGUGUCAUACUGAUGAACCGUCUCCAUUACACAAGGAGCUGACAUUUUCAACAAAACCUUGUUACUAUACAAUCCUUCGUUAAAGAGACCUUGCUUGUUGAUUUGGACUAAUUGUGCAUAUCUUGAAAACAAAAGCCAUAUUUCAAAUACCUGAUCAUUUAUAUGUAUAUACAUAAAUAUAUAAAUGUAAAUGCCUUGUAAUUUACUCCUUCAUCGGAGUAAAACAAUAGAUUUUUCUCUAAAUAUAAUUUUCUUCUCUACAAUUUUAAGAUUGAAUGUAAGCUUAGUCACGUAGUCACAUACACACAAUGCUGGUAUUUCUCCUUUUUGUUUGUUGUGAUGGGAAGUUCAUGUAUUGAGCUUUUUUAAUAUCUUGGCAUAAAAUAAAAAAAUGCUAUGGACAGGUUUGGAAAGGGGUAAUUGACAUACUCUAACCACUAGAUGGCAACAUUUGUUGUGACAGAUAUCAGCAUCUGUUCCACAUGUAGAAAACCUGAAAAAUCUUGUUUCCCAAGGUGAAGUCAGAAAGCCCUUCAGUUCCAAAAAGUGUACUUUUGUUCCUGUGUUUCUGGCUCACGGCAAAGUAUGAACAUUGAUAACUGUGGAAGUGUGCCUUUUUGAUAACUGUGGAAGUGAGCCUUUUUGAUAACUGUGGAAGUGAGCCUUUUUGAUAACUGUGGAAGCGAGCUUUUUGAUAACUGUGGAAGUGUGCCUUUUUGAUAACUGUGGAAGUGAGCCUUUUUGAUAACCUGUGGAGUGAGCCUUUUUGAUAACUGUGGAAGGUGAGCCUUUUUGAUAACUGUGGAAGUGUGCCUUUUUGAUAACUGUGGAAGUGAGCCUUUUUGAUAACUGUGGAAGUGAGCCUUUUUGAUGGCCGUGGAAGUGUGCCUUUUUGCAUCUAACUAUUACUUACAGUAUCUCACAGGAUAAGUUAUGUGGAUGCCAUUGAUAUCAUUGUUUAGCCCUUUAAAGUUAUAUGACUGUACUUUUGCAUGUUUUUGAUUCAUGAGAGCACCACUCUGACUGUCUGGCCAUUAUAAACAAACCAUUCCAGCCACACAUGGACUUAUUAGGUAAUGAUCCCUGUUCUCUCCCCAGGGUAGGAGGAGGAGUCCAGAACACAGUAGCUGUAAAACAUUCAAAUACCAUCAUAAUGCAUUCCUUACUAACGGAAUUAGCCCUGAACAUCUAGUGUUUCUACUUAUUUAGUGGUUGAAAUAGAAUUUGAAUAAAACAUAAAAGUCUUGUUUAAA